AUGAGCACCAGUGUUAAGCUUAGCACUAAUGGGUCAGGCAAGAAUGUUGAGCAAUCCUUGUAUAGGAGCAUGAUUAGGAGUCUACUGUAUCAUACUGCAAGUAGACCAGACAUCACUUUUAGUGUUGGGGUUUGUGCUAGAUUUCAAGUCAAUCCCAAAGAAUCACAUUUGGUAGCUGUCAAACGCAUACUUCGCUAUGUGAAUGAGACAGUCAAUUAUGGGAUCUGGUAUUCUAGAGACUUUAGUACUGAGCUUGCAGGCUAUUCAGAUGUUGAUUGGACAGGUAAUGCAGAUGAUAGGAAAAGCACUUCUGGUGGGUGUUUCUAUGUCAGCAUGAACCUUGUUGCCUGGAUGACCAAGAAGCAAAACUCCAUAUCCCUAUCCAUGGCUGAGGCUGAAUACAUUGUUGCAGGGAGCUAUUGCACGCAAUUGUUGUGGAGGAAGCAAAUGCUAUGUGACUAUGGCGUUACUUAA